AUGACUGUGGAACACCUAACCGAAAAUGAUAUUGAAGUUGUAAAAAAAGAAAAUAAAUUUACACCGAUUCCAGCUUUUGGAAAUACAGUAAAGGCUUUUGCUGGUGCUGGUUCCUUUGCAUUACCAUGGGCAAUGCAACAAGGAGAAAAGAGAGGACCAGAUGUUCCACCAUGUUCCUAUGCUGACAUUGCUGCAUACGCAUACGGACGUGCUGGAGAACUAGCACUCUGUUUUAUGAACUUCUCUGUUACAAUGGCUAUUUGUGUUGCAUAUCUCAUUCUGGUCGGCCAAAAUUUCGGUGAACUCUGUAACUAUAAUCAACAAACAAUCAUUUGGUACACAAUGCCCGCCAUGGUUAUUUUAUGUUUCCUAACUGAUAUGAAAUAUUUGUCAUACACCAGUAUUUUUGGUGCCCUCUCAUUAUUAUUUGCUAUGGGCACAAUUAUGGUCUAUGGUGGCAUUGACUAUAGUAUCAAACCAUACGACGAAUACAAGGUAGAUUAUUCAAAUGUUCCAUUGUGGUUCGGUGUAGCUGCCUUCUUCUUUUGUAACCAUAUCGUUGUAAUUCCAAUAUCACAUGCAAGUGGCGAUGUUCGACGUUAUCCAAAGGUUCUAAACUAUGGAAUGCUUUUCAUUACCAUUGUAAACUUGACAUUCGCAAUCCUUGGAUACUUUUAUUUUUACUUUUAUGUAGAUCCAGUUACAGGUGUCGUUGGUGUACCCUCUGCCAUCACCCAAGUGUUGCCAAAGGGUGCAUUUGCAAAUGUUGUCCGUGCAUGUAUUGUUCUCGAGUUGAUCUGCUCGUAUCCCAUUGUUUUCGGAGCCGGUAUGAAUGUAGUUGAAUCGUCAGUGAAAAUAUUCUUCAAGCAUUUCUCUGCAUUCCCAGUCUCUGAUAGGAACGAAGAUGGAAAGAAGUUGUUUAUCUCGAGAAAUUGGAAAUUCUAUGUACUUCGUGUAUUAUUUAAUGUUGCAUUGGCUGCAAUAGGAACAAACAUUAAAAAUUUUGGAUCUUACACAUCAUUGAUUGGAUCAUUGAUGCUUGCCCUAACUGGAUUGGUUGUUCCACCAUUAUUGUAUAUUAAAUAUUAUCCAGAGCAAUCGAGGCUCUUGUUUGCUGCACAUAUUGCUAUUGUUGUAUUUGGUUUAGGUGCAACUGGAUAUGGUACUUACCAAUCCAUUGUUGACCUUAUCAAUCAAUAG